AUGUCAUUUUUUGCAGAUAUCCCUAGAGUUGGGGACGAUAUGGACUGCGAGGGUGGCGAUGAGGAGACAUCAUUGCUAGUAGAUAACGACGAGAGCGGCUGCUGCUCGACCAAUGCCGUAGCAGAGGAGGACGAGAAGCGUCGCCUUGCUGCCCCAAAGGACAAGAAGCCCUUGUACGUUGCCAUUCUAUCAAUCAUUAUCUCUAUUCCAGCCUUGGUUGGCAGUUGA